AUGCGCGGCUGCAUUUUGUUCAUGCUGCAUUACGGCUUAGCAGCAGCGGGAAUAAGGUACAUUCCUCUGGACGUGAAUGAGAUUGUUGUCUACGCAAAACCUGGUGAUGCGAUACAGUUGUCGAGAAUCACAGAAGAUGACAGCGAAGAUUUACGAAUUAACUGUGGUGCAACGCGUCGGCAGUGGCUUUCAACUCCAUAUAAAAUCGCAGCUGGUACACCUGCAAAAAUUGGUCAAUUUCCGUGGGCCGUUGCGGUAACUUUCGUGGGUGAGGAACAGUACAACUACUGUGGCGGUACGAUCAUCUCAGAACGACAUAUUCUCAGUGCUGCACAUUGUUUUAUAGACUACGAGAGGGGUACGAUACCCUGCACGUUCGUUUUUUGUGAUUUUCUGGAAUUCUAG